CCCAUGCUUAUUUAACGCAACCGUCACGUUGUUGAGCACAGUUCUCUAGCAGCAUGUGCGAACGGUCCCGUGGGUACCUCAAUCCGGGGUGGAUGGCCCGGGGGUGCUACCUCCUUCUGUUUGGGGUGGUGCAGGCAGCGCAACACAAGUACUACAGCAUCUGCGACAGCACGGACGACAAAUCUGCGUAUGACUACAAGGCGCUCAAUCUGGAGGGGACGCGGAAUGUCAGUAUGGGUGACGGGAAUCGAGGGAAAGUGAUGCUCCUACUCAAUGUGGCCACUUUCUGAGAGUUCACUCCCCAGUACUGGCAGUUGAAUGUACUAGCCGACCGGUUCACGGAGUCUCCCUUCUCUAUCGUGGGAUUCCCAUGUGACCAGUUCGCCCAUCAGGAGCCCGGCGCUAACAAGACUGAGUUGCUGGCGGGACUCAGAUAUGUCCGCCCUGGCAAAAAUUACACCCCUCACUUCACACUACACAUGAAGAUUCACGUCAACGGCGAGGAAGAACUGCCCCUCUAUAGGUACCUGAAGGAUUCUUGUCCCGUUCCUCUAGACGCUUCUUACGACAGAACCGAGUCAUUCUGGGACCCUAUUAAGGUCAACGAUAUUUCAUGGAACUUCGAGAAGUUUCUCAUUGACCAAAAUGGCCGCCCACUUUUCCGGUUUCGACCGGAUGUUGAACCUACGGACCUGGAAAAGCUGGUUGAGCUGAUGUUGGAGACAUCCAUGGAUCGCGACCCGUGGAAGGCGAAAGCGGAGGAUGAACUUCAAAUUAUACACAACAAGAUGGAGGUCAGAGAGGAGGCGAAGAAAAGAGAGGAAGAGAAAAAGAAACAAAACUAACUUUCAUCUAUCGAAAAUUGAGUAUAUUAUUCAAAAAUGAUGUCUUUGUCCCGAUCAACUAUUUUUAAAUUCUUUAUUUAUUGGCAUUGUGUUUAUAGUAAAUCGUGCUCUUCAGGUGCCUAUGAUGAGUGAUUCAUACACAGUAUUCACCCCGGAGUAACCGGAAGUCUGGUACCGGAUGUGCUGAACUUCUGUCCUCAUGGUGUAUUUAUACUAAUGGAAACGUGUAAAAUUUGAAGAAAUGAGUUGUUUGAUUGUAACUAGCAGAUUAUAUAAGUUUAUAUAUACCUACCUGACCUCAUAGGAACCAGUUACUGUUUU